AUGGGCAGGGCUAUAAAAAGUGGAAAUGAAACAUUGCCUCUUCCUGGCGCCAUGGAGCUCACCUCCAAACCACCGUUAGUGCCUUCCACUCGUUUUGCCCUCGCAUUGGUAUGCUUCUUUGGAUCAUUUGUGACGUACACGCUCCGGACCAACAUGAGCUUUGCUAUCGUUUGUAUGGCCAUAGAGAACAAGACGGAGGUUGAGCCGGGGACGGUGAACAAAUGCGGAAAGGAGAUAGUUGCUGCAGAUACAAGCAAUGCAGUAGUCGGCGAAUUCGACUGGAGCAAAGCGGUGCAAGGACAAAUUCUUGGAGCUUUCUUCUGGGGUUACCUUGGAAGUCAAGUUCUUGGUGGUUACUUGGCCUCGCGGUUUGGAGGCAAACGAGUAGUCCUUACUUGUAUAUUGGGCUCCUCUCUACUGACACUAGCUAGUCCUGUAGCAGCUCGUACCAGUCCUUAUGUUUUGGUUGCCCUUCGUGUGGCCAUCGGAUUUCUGCAGGGUGCAACAUUCCCUGCAAUGCACACAAUGUGGUCGGUUUGGGGUCCUCCACUUGAAUUAUCUAUCCUUACUGGUGUAACAUAUGCAGGAGCUCAGAUUGGAAAUGUGUUUGUGUUACCAUUUUCCGGUUUCCUUUGCCAGUAUGGCUUUGAUGGCGGUUGGCCAAGUAUCUUCUAUAUUUUGGGACUUAUGGGAGUGGUGUGGUGUGCUAUUUGGAUGUACGUGUCUUCUGAUAGACCUAUAAAUCACCCCCGAAUCUCUGAGGCAGAAAAGCAGUAUAUUACAAAAGCUGUCGAAGAAAGUGUGGGAAAACACACAGGCAAGCCCCCUAGCACACCAUGGGGUAAAAUUCUGACAUCAAGAGCCGUUUGGGCUUGCUGGUUUGGUCACUUUGCUGGCGAUUGGGGAGCUUACACUAUGCUUGUUUCGCUGCCGAUGUUCCUAAAGGAUGUGCUAGGUCUCGAUCUGUCCUCGCUUGGAAUCUUAUCGGCUAUCCCAUACAUUGCCUAUUUUGUUGUGAUCAACGUCGGUGGAGUCCUUGCUGAUUUCAUCCGAAGCAGAAAAUUGCUAAGCACGAUCAACACUCGACGGGCUGCUAUGCUUAUAGCAUUGCUUGGACAGGCAGCGCUCUUGGUUAUGUCUGGUUACUGUGGCUGCGGACAAGAGGCUCUGGUCAUAGUCUUCCUAACCGCAGGCAUGGCCAUCUCCGGUCUACAAUACUCCGGAUUUGUGGUCAACUAUCUUGACAUAGCACCUCCUUUCUCCGGUACCGUUAUGGGUAUCGGAAACACGAUAUCAUGUCUGGCUGGUAUCGUCUCGCCUAUGGUAACGUCGGCGUUAACUCCAAAUGGAACUCAAGAAGAAUGGCAAAGCGUUCUGUGGGUGACAGCAGCUAUUCUGGGUGCUGGUUCUCUGAUUUUCGCCUUGUUCGCCAGCGGUGAAGUACAGGAUUGGGCGAAGAUGAAAGGAGGUGACACAGCUGAAGAACUUCCUCUCAAAGAGGCUGAUGCUGUUGUUGAAAAGGACACACGCUAAUGCUUGUAGAGUUUUAGGGUAUCUAGUAUUUUAUGUGAAUAACACACACACUUUGAUAGCUUACUGAAGCAACUUUGCACCUCUCUGCUAAUAUAUUCAUUUCGUUUUUGACUCCUUACUAUAACUUAUUAUCUUUCAUUGUCACAUUAACGUCACCUUUCAACUCAAACCUUUGUCCCCAUUGACUAUUUUUGUUUAUCAUUGCCUCCCAUCUCUUGAUGCUUUGUUGAUUUUUUCCUACCUUAUAUCAGUCCUAUGUUCCUGAGUUGAUUGUAUGUUUCCUCCCUCUCCCUUACCCCAACUCUUCCCCCCC